AUGGCUUCUCGAAUUACCGGAGCUCUCCCCUCCAACCCGUCUGCUCAGGUACAAGCCGUGAUUGAUUGGAUGUUCGCUAUGUGUGAAGGCGAUUGGGACAAGCUGGAAUCCGUGCUGACGGAGGAUUUCGAGGCUACAAUUUUACCGAAGUCUCUCAAUUUCCCGGUCCGUAACAAGGCGGCAUGGAUUCAAUACAACAAGGAUGCUUUCCCUAUCUUCACGGAUUUUAAGUUUCAUAUCGUUGAGAUUGUCGAGGGUGUGAACGCAGUUGCGGUUCAUGGCUGCUCCAACGCUACGACCUCGACGGGGCAUCCAUAUCGGAACGAAUACUCGUUGUUUCUACACUUGACUCGCCAGUCUGAUGGACGAUACAGGCUUAAACAAGAGAAAGAGUUUAUCGACUCUCAGUACAUUGUCGAGUUCUUCUCUGCAGAGAAGAAGAGGCAGGAGGCUGCUGGAAACACGGUGUACUGGUGA